AUGAAUACCAUCGUUGUCCUUUGCCACUUUUGUGAGCUGCAUGGGCCUCGCACCCUCUUUUGCACAGAAGUCCUUCAUGUCCCUCUUCCGCAAGGGGCAGGAAGCGGAGACAGCCCCAGCCAAAGCGAACAGGCAGAAGAGGAGGAAGGAGGCAUCCAGAUGAGCAGCCGGAUCCGCUCGCACAGCCCAGCGGAAGGUGCCAGCGCAGACUCCAGCAGCCCAGGGCCCAAGAAGUCAGAUAUGUGUGAGGGGUGCCGCUCUCUUCCCGCAGGGCACCCAGGCUACGUCAGCCAUGACAAAGAGACCUCAAUCAAAUACGUCAGCCACCAGCACCCAAACCACCCCCAGCUCUUCAGCAUCGUGCGGCAGGCUUGUGUCCGCAGCCUCAGCUGUGAGGUCUGUCCGGGACGCGAAGGCCCCAUCUUCUUUGGCGAUGAGCAGCAUGGCUUUGUGUUCAGCCACACCUUCUUUAUCAAGGACAGCCUGGCGCGUGGCUUCCAGCGCUGGUACAGCAUCAUCACCAUUAUGAUGGACCGCAUCUACCUCAUCAACUCUUGGCCUUUCCUGCUGGGGAAGAUCAGAGGCAUCAUUGACGAGCUUCAGGGCAAAGCACUUAAGGUGUGGGCAUGUUUGGAAGUGGAAGCCGGGGGCGGGAGAGACAGGUGGCUAUGGCCUCAGUUUGUGCGGUAA